AAGAAGCGACCGAUUACUUCUUUAGAACACUUUUUUCCUUGGUGCCGAUGUGGAACAAAGGUCAAACGAAAGGUGUCUGGGAAAAGUAGAAGAAAGUGACUCCUCAACUCAUCUCUAGAGGUCCAUUGUUGCUCCUUUCAGGUCAUCUUUUCUACCUGACGUCACUGGAUUGGAGGCGGAAGAAACAAAUUUGCUUUUUUAACUCGUUUUCAGUUUUAGUAAAGCGCUAGUUUAGUCCGAGUUCUGUUACUAGAGGAUGCUACUAAGGGAUCUAACAUGAUGCUUUCUCACCCAGUAUUACUGGGUUUCCUUUGGUCACUCCUGCUCCAAGCAUUGAGAGGCCAAGCUCAGAUAAGCAACCAAGAAAACAAAGUCUAUGCUUAUUCAUAUCACUUCCAGCAUAAUGGAACCACUAACUCCAAAGAUAUUUUAAGAUCAGUACUGGGAACUGAUCCAGAACUUGGUUUUGACAACGAUGAUAAAAGUAUUAUCAAAACUUUCUCAAGUCCUAAUAUUCGUGGAUUUUUCACUAAAGGCAUUCUACCAGGAGGUCCCAUCAACAGUGGAUUUGGUGGCAAUUUCAGAUCAAAUUUUAAUUCCAAUCCAGCAAUAGAAAACAUCAAAAAUGUAAUUCAAUCAAGUCUUCAACCACCUUCUAGCAACAUAGCUCGAGGGAUAUUACCCCCUAUUUCACCAGACAUAAGAAAUGAAUUCCCUGGGGAUUUUAAUAACGUGAAUGAUAUUGGACUCAACUACCAACCACAAGAUGACUUUCCCAAAAUUCCACCUCCACCACCUCCUCCUAUUUUACAGAAUCAAAAUAAUUAUCCACAAAUUCAACCGGUCGUGACAAUCCCCUCUUUAGGUCAGAAUAAUUUUCCAGAUAUUCCACCGCCACCACCUAUACCUUCAUUAAAUGUAAAUUUGCCACAAAAUGUUCCAAAUAACAAUAAUGGUUUGAACAAAAUCGAAAAUUUUGAGCGCGACACUCCUGAUGGUGGUAAAAUUGUUGGGCAGGUUGAAACAUUUUCUUACAAUCCUCCGCUCGUCUCCAAUCGCAACUCUAACUACCAAGAAAACGCAGAAGGUUUCAGACGCAAAGAAAACUUCGUUAACAAUAACCAGCAGGUUACUGGGCAUCGCACGCAAUCAUAUUUCCGCCAACAAUUCAGAACUGUAACGCCAAAUAUAGAUUCAAACAGUUUAUUCCAAAACAACCGAGUCAAUAAUCGUGAUAGUGAUAAUUCUAAUAACAACGAUAACCAAUGGUGGAACGCUCUUAACGUAUUAGGCGGUAAAAACAAUAAUAAUAUUAACAACAAUCAUAACAAUAAUCAAAACCAAGGCAACAAUUACAAUAAUAAUAAUGGUAAUGGACAAAACUUUGGGCAACAUGUUGAUCAAAAUAUAAAUCAAAUACGAAAUAAUAUAAACAAAGAAAUAAAUAGAGCAUUUGGUAGCAGAAUUAGUAAUUCGAAUAACCGACAAAAUUUUGCUCGGAAUAACAAUGAUUUCAAACCGAAUACAAACAUUGAAUUUAAUGAGCGUAAUAAUAACCAAAAUCCAACUCUAAGCCAAAUUCAUAAAAAUCAGCCGCAGAUCAAUAUACCUUUCAAUAACAACGCUGUUACUAGGGUUUUCAAUCGACGUGCUAAUGAUGGUGGCUACCAGAACAACCAACGUCAGAAUAAUGUUUUAAAUAACCGACAGCAGAAUAAUGCUAACUACAUAAGUAACCAAGGUCCCAACAAUAUCUUAAACAAUCAUCCACAAAAUAAUGUCAAUUAUCGAAACAACCCUGGUAACAAUAAUUUUAAUAACAACCAACCAAAUUUAAACAAUCAGUUUAAUAAUGACGAUACAACAAGAAGAGUGUUGGGUUUAAUUAAUGAAGUAAGUUCACGUUUAACAAACAAUCCAGAGAAAUUUUCAAACGACAUUGGAGUGACGUGGGAUGACGUAAUUCAACCGAAAAAUUUCAACCAUGAUUGGAGUCGGCGUCAGUCUUUUGGAACAGGCAGACCUUUUUCCAAUGGCCAUUCAGGACCAUUAAAUAAUAUCGAUCCAAAACCAAUCGAAGUAAUAAAAACGUCAAUUGAAGCAUUGGCGGGAAAUAGAGAUAUUCCAGUGCCCCCAAUUCCCGAAAUUGGUAAUCAAGACGGCAAUUACAGAAAUGUUGGUGGAGGCGGAAACGAAAAGUUUUUUAAUGUUAACAAAGUUGUUGAAGGUCCCAAUUCCUUUAGUCAAAAUCAUCACCGUGGAUUCGAACGGAAUUUCCAUGUGAACUCUAACAAUGGUUUUCAGCGGACCAAUCAAUGGUCCACCAACGUGGUACGAAGAUUGGAUGCCCAAAGCACUAGGGAUGAUUUCAGUAAAGAUUUCAUUGAUGUUUUUAGAGAAGACUAUUGAUUCUAUGACAGAAUAAUACUUAAUCAUUGAACAAGGAAACAUAUUUUUUUAAUGGAAAAAGGUAAUAUUUGUAAUUACCAUGAAGUGCAAUAAAAUAUUUCAUUGCAUACUCAAUUGCCAAGCAUUUAUACAUGCGAUAUUUAAAAGAAUAUUGGUUUGGUUAUCAAAGUCUUGUUUCAGUCUACAAACAAUUCAAUGAAUAAUCAUAUUCUACUAAUAACAGCAUAUCAUAUGUUAAUUAUCUUUCAUAAUGAUUAUUCUCAUUUUCACCAGCUAAGUGGAAUAUCAAAAAGAAAAGUCUGUUAAGUUAUUGAUCCGAUUACAAAAUAUGUGAAUAAAAAUAUAAAAUAAAUUUUUAAAGCAUUACAUGAGUUUAAUAUAACUUAGUUAUUGAAAAUGAUAUGUUCUGAUUUCAUAGACUGGUUUUUCUUACUGAAAUCAUUUAAAGUUUGAUAUUUUAAAAAUGAACUCACGUUUCAAAAAUGUCAAAUAAUAAUCUGAAUCUUCAAAUACUUUUUAAUUUAGGAGGAUAUAAAAUACAGAAUCAAUUCAAAAUAAUUGGAAUUCGUGAUGUUCGUGAUGAUUCGUCUAUUUGUUUGUUUGAAUGUCUAAAAUGUUUUUUAGAAUUUAAAAUAUAACAAAAUAUAAGAGUGAAAAUUAAAAUAUUAGUUGAAAUGAUUUAUUAGUUGCUCCUGGAAAGCAUUUCUACAAAUCAUUGUUACACGCUGAGUGGUCCGAAUUUCAAUACCAUUCAUAAUAAUUCUCGAAAAAGGGUGGUAAACAAUUUAAAAUUAUGUGCAAAAAUAUAUGAAAAAAAUUAAGGAAAAUUAGCUGAAAAAACUUGCAAAUAUUUUAAAUUUUUAAAAAUUCCAUUCCCUAUUUCACAUUUCAUAUUUUCCAAAAUGGUAGAAAAUAUUGUAAGAUUUCGACAAUCUCUUAAAACUAUUAAUAAUUAUAUGUCUCUGGAAAAUUUUGAUAACUUAAUAUUUGUGAAUAUUAAAUUUCAAAUUGUAAAACAAAUUUAAAAUGUUGAAUAAUUAAUUCAUACAAUAGUAUUGUAUUAUUAAUGUAAUUUAUCAUUACGCAUUUAGGUGCAGAAAGUUGAAAUUUUUGUGUUUAUCAAUGUUCGAAACAGUCUAACUAAAAAUAUGUAAAAUGUAGGUAAUAUAAAGAUUCAGAGGGCAACAGCAUUAGAUAUGAUAUAAUAAUAAAGAUGUAUACUUAAGAAGCAGUGAUUAAUACUGACUUAUAGUUUAUUUCGAAAUUUAAAUUGAUAACUUGGACAAAAACUAUAUUUUGCCAAAAGUUAUUUACAUGGACCAAUUAAAUUUUAUUUCUAAGAUAAAAAUUUUAUAUGAAUUAUUACUUACACUUUUUUUGAGAACUGUAAAUAAAGGUAAUUUUAUAUUUUUAAAAUGCAAUGGCCAAACAGUAUAAUUAAUGUCCAUUUUAAAAAUGUUAUUUGUUCUUAUUAGAGUGAUAUUUUAUUUAUUUUGUGUAAUUUGUGUUAUGAGAGAAAAAAUAUAGCAUCUGAUGUAUUUUUUUUAUCAUAUCUGUAAAUUGUAAAUUAGAUUAUUGUAUAGACAUUCAAAUUGUGAAUUAAAAUUAAAAUGUUUUACAGUCAGAUUGUAUAAAUAUCACAAUUUGAAAUUUAUUCAUAAUUGUGGGUUUUGCGGUAUGUUCGGAAAAAGGGAUUAUGUAAAGCAAACAUGUUUGGUGUUGGCUACUGGUCUAUGAAACAAAUCAUAAUUAUCAUAAGAAACUGUUUAUUGUGUAUUAUAAAAAGGUUUUUUCUUAAUAUAAACUGAUGUGUCAAAUAAAGAUAUUAUUGUUUGA